UAAGUGCUUAUUAUUUGUGAUGUUACACAAUUUGGCUAGUUCAAAAUUCCUUCAGAUUAAAAUAUGAUUUGAUCAAAGCAUACGUGUUUCUGUCAGUGCGUUAAAGAGCGAGGCAAACCCUCACACUGGAGGAAGCAGCAUGGACUGGAAAGGCCAACGCUGACGACAGCUGCAUAGAAGCGGUGAAAACGCCUUCAUAUUCGGAAUUAUGGCAGAAUCCUGUGGUCUACAUAAAGACUGGUACUCAAUACUGGGUGCCUGUCCAACAGAUGACAUGCAAGAGCUGAAACAGAAGUAUCAGAAGCUCAUCCUCAAGUUUCACCCGGACAAGCAGAGGCUGGACGUAUCAGGGGAGGCGGAGCAGCACCUGCAGAGAUUCAUUGAUGUCGACCAGGCUUGGAAGAUCUUGAGUAAUGAGGAGAGCAGGAAGGAGUACAACCUCCAGCUACGGGACUAG